AUGAUUGUAGCAGCUUUAGUGGAGAACAGAAGGCUUAGAAUUGCUCAAGAAUUUGGAUUGAUCAAUGAUGAUCCAAACACAAUAGUUCCUAUGGUUAUCUGGUGGUUGAUUCCACAAUAUGUCUUGUCAGGUCUCGCCCUUGUACUCACCAAAGUCGGUUUACAGGAAUUCUUCUACAAUCAAGUUCCACAUGAUCUAAGAAGCGCGGGUUUGUCCCUGUACUCAGCCAUUUUUGGCAUAGGAGAUAUCUUGAGUGUCUUUCUCAUAUUUGCCAUUCAGAAGGUAACUAGUGCAGGAGGUCAACACGGAUGGCUUGCAAACAACAUGAAUCAGGCGCAUUUAGACUACUUCUAUUGGUUUCUAGCUGGACUUAGUGUAAUCGAGCUGGCUGCAUUUUUUUGCUUCGCAAAAUCGCAUGUGCACAAUAAGCUGGGAUGCUCCAAUGAAAUCGCGGACUAA